AUGUCCAAGUCUCGCCGUAAUGUUCGGUUUCAGCGCCGUGCUAAUGGCGAGCGGAGGCCGAGUGUGUCCUCCGACGUCAGCGACGGUGCCUCGGAACACUCAAGUCCUACCAAGGCCAGCGCUGAAUCGCAUCCGGCCACGAUAACCGAAGAAAAACCGCCUCAGUCCGACUAUGAAAAGAAGAAGCAGACCUUCAUUACUCGCACGAUAUGGACCUUUGUCAUGAUCGCAGGCUUCUUCGUCGCGCUCUUCUCUGGACACAUCUAUAUCAUUGGCCUGGUCACCGCGAUUCAGAUUGUGUCCUUCAAGGAGGUCAUCGCCAUUGCCAACGUCCCUAGUAAGGAGAAGAAUCUCCGAUUCACCAAAUCUCUGAACUGGUAUUUCCUCGCAACCACCAUGUACUUUUUGUACGGGGAGAGUGUGAUCUACUACUUUAAGCACAUUCUGUUGGUGGACAAGGUUCUUCUCCCGCUCGCGACCCACCAUCGAUUCAUCAGUUUCACCCUCUACGUGAUGGGCUUUGUCUUCUUCGUGGGCUCUCUGAAGAAGGGUCACUAUCGCUUCCAAUUCACUCAAUUCGCGUGGACUCACAUGGCUCUCUACCUGAUUGUGGUCCAAGCUCACUUUGUCAUGAACAACAUCUUUGAGGGCAUGAUCUGGUUCUUCCUUCCUGCUUCUUUGGUCAUUACCAAUGACAUUUUCGCUUACGUCUGCGGUAUUACUUUUGGGCGCACCCAACUCAUUCAACUGUCUCCAAAGAAGACCGUGGAGGGCUUCCUUGGUGCCUGGAUUUGCACAAUUAUCUUUGGUUACUUCAUGACCAACUUGCUGAUGCAGUCCAAGUACUUCAUCUGUCCCGUCAACGAUCUCGGUGCCAACAUCCUGACCGGUCUGGAGUGUGUCCCCAACCCAGUCUUUGUUCCUCAGCCUUGGUCGCUAGCAGCGCUCGGCGUGGACAAGACGAUUCACAUUGCCCCGAUGCAAUUCCACAUUCUGGCCUUUGCCACCUUUGCCUCUUUGAUCGCACCGUUCGGCGGCUUCUUUGCCUCCGGCUUGAAACGAACCUUUAAGAUCAAGGACUUUGGCGAGUCGAUUCCUGGCCACGGUGGCAUCACUGACCGUAUGGAUUGUCAAUUCAUCAUGGGCUUCUUCGCGUACAUGUACUACCACAGCUUCGUUGCUGUUUACAAGGCCAGUGUUGGGGACAUCAUCGAAACUGUGAUCAAUGGCUUGACUGUUGACGAACAGCUGGACGUUGUUCGUGGUCUCUCCAAGUAUCUGUACAAUCAAGGCGCUGUCUCCGAGACGGUUCUGGACUGCCUCGCCACUGAGCUGAAACGCCGUUGA